AUUUGAUUAUUGAUUUUCCGAUUGUUUCCUGGUCUGACCCAGCUUGGGUGUUCUCUCUAGAGAGUGCAUUUGUAUCGUAAUAUCGGCAUUGUAGACAGCAGAAACCGCGAGAUGGAGCCUAAAGCGAUGACUUCCCAAAACCAAAAUGGCCAACAGAGCCAGCAACAGCAACGUGAAAAAGUUACCGAAGUGGGGUGGUACGUUCUUGGCGAGGAUCAACAACAGCUCGGCCCUUACGCUUUCUCAGAGUUGCGCGAGCAUUUCUUGAAUGGAUACCUCUUCGAAAAUUCGUUUGUGUGGUCUGAAGGAAGGAGUGAGUGGCAACCCUUGUCCUUGAUUUCUGACCUGUGGGCUCAAAUUAGUCAACAGGGACCUGAUUCUUCAACUGCAGUGUCUGCCCAUGAUGUUGAUGAGUUUGAAAGAUGGCAAAAGGAGAUUAAGGAGGCUGAGGCACAGGUGGAAGGUUCAGUAUUUGGAGGGUUUUCUGGCAAUGUUGACGGUAGUGUAGCAGGAGCAGAUUUGGAGAGACCUUCAACGCCACCUGAGGGUGAAGAAGAAUUUAUUGAUGAUGAUGGGACUAAGUAUAACUGGGACAGGAAUCUUAGGGUUUGGGUUCCCCAGGAGUAUACAGCUGGCGACAAUGAGUCUUAUGGGGUUGAAGACAUGACCUUUUUGCAAGAAGAGGAAGUUUUUCCAACAAUAACUGAUCCUGAAGCCUCUGAAAAGUUUGAAGAUAGUUCAAAAUUGAGCGUUUCUGCAGAUUCCUUAAAGGAAGAAGCAAAUGAAGCAAAUAAUACCAAUGUAGUAGUGGAUGGAAAGAGGAAGCAUCCGGAUAAACAAACUGACAAGAAGGAAGCUAAUAAACCUCCUGAUAGUUGGUUUGAAUUAAAGAUCAAUACACAUGUUUAUGUCACUGGGUUGCCUGAGGACGUUACCACUGAUGAAGUUGUGGAGGUAUUUUCCAAAUGUGGAAUAAUAAAGGAGGACCCAGAAACUAAAAGGCCUCGUGUGAAGCUCUAUGUCGAUAAAGAGACAGGGAGGAAAAAGGGGGAUGCCCUGGUUACAUAUCUUAAGGAACCAUCGGUGGCUCUGGCAAUUCAGAUAUUGGAUGGAACACCUCUUCGCCCUGGUGGCAAGAUUCCCAUGUCUGUCACCCAGGCAAAAUUUGAGCAGAAAGGAGACAAGUUUGUAUCCAAGCAAGUAGACAAUAAAAAGAAAAAGAAAUUGAAAAAGGUGGAAGACAAAAUGCUUGGAUGGGGUGGUCGUGAUGAUGCAAAAGUUUCAAUUCCAGCAACUGUUAUCCUUCGCUUUAUGUUCACUCUAGAUGAAAUGAGGGCUGAUGAAAAUUUGCGUUUAGAACUAGAAGAAGAUGUUAAAGAGGAAUGUGUAAAGCUUGGUCCUGUGGACUCAGUCAAGGUAUGUGAGAAUCAUCCUCAGGGUGUUGUUUUGGUAAAAUUCAAGGAUAGGAAGGAUGCUCAGAAGUGCAUAGAAUUGAUGAAUGGAAGAUGGUUUGGUGGUAGACAGAUACAUGCCAGUGAAGAUGAUGGUUUAGUUAACCAUGUCUUAGUACGAGAUCUGGAAGGAGAUGCCAUUCGACUGGAGCAGUUUGGUACUGAACUUGAAGGUGAAUGAUAACAAUGAGAAUGUUGUCACACCAGAUUCACAGUUCCCAAUAAGUCUGGACCUAUGAAUAUUUCAAGAUGGCUGAAGCUUUUGGAUUACAGGUCAUCGCUUUCCUCGGUUUUGCAAUGAUAUAUUAGUUUUCCUUAUGUAAAAUUGGGAAAAACAGAAAGAAAAUAGAGGAGGAAAGAAGUUACUAUUUUGGCUAGCUCAUCUUACAUGGAAAAUUGUAAUAUACCCUGCGCGCGGCAUCCAGUUAUUCCAGGUCGUACAGAAAGUGACACAUGACAAUACACUUAAAUUUUUAACUGUUAGAUUAAUAUUAAGUUAUUUUAACCAUUGGGAAUAAGACUCUUGGGUACGUUAAGAAUCGUCUCAUUAUGUAUGUAAGGAUUACAUGUGAAGAAGAAUUGUUCCAUCAUAUAUACUUGACGAAAAAAAAAUAGCAGCUACCAUGAGGCAUCGAACUUUUGGGGACGGUCAC